GGACAUCGCGGUCCUCCACUCUCCCAACUCCUUUGUUUCUGUUCAGAUAUGAGUAUUUUUAUCUUCCUGACCUACAUAGUGGUGCUGCCAAAUCUGUUGCCGGAGCUCAGGAGGUUUCAUAAUGCAUCUUAUGAAAUGGUAGCAGAAGUUGUCCUUGAUCUUCUCCAAAUUAAGUCCUUGUCUCGAACUUUAUGUAAGGCGUGUGAUCCGUGGGGACAUCGUUGUGAAAUGUACCUGUUUGGAUUUUUGUUCAUUCUUUAGUACUUCAUACUGUUGAAAAUAGAUGUUAAAGGAGACAAUCAGAGCAAAAUAAUUAUUUAUAUUUGAGAUCCACGACUUAGGAUGAUUGGUGAAUUUAUUUAGGAAGUCAAAUUUGGGAUUUUUAAAAUUCCCUUUAAUGUAUGAAGCAUUACUUUCAGUUGUUUGUUUGAGACUUUGACUUUCUAAGUUUUGUAGAUUCCUAUUGGACGUCUGUGACUUUUGGCAUUUAGAUUUGAAGCUUCUUCAAUCAGUUCUGUCAUUUUCCAGUCACCAUUUGGUAUUUAAGGUGUGAUAAAAACAACAUAUUGUAACUUAGUGUACUUUUGAAUUUGGAGUUUGGAAUUUCGAUUCGGUUUGACCAGGUCUUUCUUUUGCCACCGUGUUUUCCUGCAUUCCCCAUUCUUCUGCAUUCUUACACAACACGGCCAACAGCUGCUGGUGUGUGUUUCGUACCUGAGCACGGCACAUGAGGCAGUUUUAUGGAAACCAAAGAGAAAUAAACGUUUGAACGGGUGUAAAAUGUCACAUCAUCCUGCUUCCCCCGAGCCUCGAGAAGUGUUGUUGUGGCUUUUAACGUUAAUGUGUAACACAUUAAUGCUUGGGGUGAGCCUGGGUCAGCGUCUGCAGGUCGCUUGACCAGAGAACGAGAAGCCGAAGGUUUUUGCUGACCAAGAAAUUCACCAGCAGCGUGAGCAUGUAGGUGCCUGCUUCCGUGUAUGCUCUGUUCUACUGCGUGUGUUCACGGGGGCGUGUCAUCACCCCUCUUUCAGGAUAAAGGAGGAUCUGACCCUGCUGCACGAGAGCCCCCUCGAUGGGGCCCCGGAUCCAGCAUGAAGGGUUAUGUAAGCUCUCAUCUGCCAACCCUCCUGCCUCCCAUUGGUAAUGUUAUUGAGUGGAGAGGAGCACACAGAACAGUUGAUUUUUCACUGAUCAGCUGAUUAAAAACCAGCUGAGUUUAAAAACAAGCAGAGAGGAAGCGAGAUUAACCUCCUUUUUUUAAUUCUUAAGGUUUUGUUUUACCCCCAACCUGAAGCAGGACACCGUUUUCACAGACAGAAGAGACCGUCUCUUGUCUUUUCUAAAAAAUCAUGCUACUUCUGGAUGAAACCGAGUCAUUUGCAGACCAGUCCCACAGCGCCCCCUUCAGCUCUGAAAAUGAGGCUCAAGGAGGCAACCCAGCUAUGUGGCACUGCACCUCUCCCCAAUCUACCUCACCCACUGUGGAGACGCCAGCCCACCCCCCUUCCUCACAGCCUGCGUCCAGACCCCUCUCCAGAACGACGAGCCAAAGCCCCGCCCCUCCCUCCGCCACGACGGGAAGCAAGAAACGGAGCUCCAAGCCUGCACACAUGAGACGAAACAUCAGGUACUGUACGCAACGCAUCAAUGCCAAGACCCCCAGUCAUGUUUAUGCUCUACAGCAAGGGUAUUCAAAAAUAAGUGGCCAUAUUCUAAUUUUUCGAAUUUCACCUGUUGGCGCUCCCAAUGACGAGCGUUGACAUUCAUGUUGAGCUAAACAUGAAUAUAAGAGUAUGGAGUCUUAGCUUUUUUUAGAUGAAUUAGUAGUUUUAUGUGCUUUACAGUAAAUUAGCAAGGCUGCAUUUGAACUAAAUGUUUUGAAACUGGGUUUCGACUCACUGCUCGACAAACAGAAACCAGUAAACCUCGAGUAAAGAGACGUUUCUGCUUCAAGGCAGCAUAUUCCAACAUUUAUUGUACUUCUAAUAGCACUCAGCUAUGUUAACCAUCUCAGGGCUGCAGAGUGUAAUGCCCGGAACACACCAGAUGCGUAAGCGUAACGAAGCACCGUUGAACAACAAGCGCUUCUAAUCGGCGCCCUUGUUAAUCUACGCUCUCGGUCACAUCAGCUGCGAAGCGCCACGAAGGCUCGCGCCGUGCAGCGAUCGUUUCGGCGUGAGCUCUAUUUUUUCGUGGGCCGUGAGGGAGCCGCGUCAAUUCUGGCAGGAAGUCGAACCAAAGCAGAAGAGGCAGGCCAGUAAAUUUAACAAAAAUAAAAGAAAAUUUUCUAAAUAAAAUACCGCGACUAACAAAUGAUCAUUUUUGUAUAUCUAAACAGACUAGAGAGAUGAAAAUGAGCAAACACACACACACACACACACACACACACACACACACACACUCCCUCUCUUACGGAGAAACACAACGUUUCCAUCAUUUUAAUUGCAGUUUUUACAUCAAAAGAUGGAUUUAAUAAAUGUGAAUACAAACAAAUAUGUUUAUUUCAAAGGUAAAUAUAGUAUUGUACACUACCACAAACACUAGCUAUUUACCAUUUAGAAAGAAACGGGUCUACAAAACAACAGCAGGAUCAGCAAGCGGGGCAAACUGGUUAUUCACACACACACACACACACACACACACACACACACACACACACACACACGGCAAGGGUGUGGGGUGGGGGUUGGAAAACAGUAGGCGUGAGCGCUCUUUUAAAAUUCUCGCCUGAUGUGAACAGAAAAGGAGCGGACAGCAAAUAAAUUUUGUGAGCGAUCCACUUUGCGGCGCUUCGCAGCUGGUGUGUUGGUGUGUUGGUGUGUGGUGCGUAAAGCUUCAGUCCUCUUGGCUG